AUUAUUGUUAUUCAACUUGUAGAGGUCAAAUCCUAUCCUGUGACGUCAACAUCUUUGCCGUUGUUCGUGUUCCAGUUCCUGUUGCCCCGUGCCAUGGAAUUCUAUCUUCUUCUUCUACAAUACCCAUUCUUUUGGAGACUGGAGACUUGUAUGAGAUGAUUGGGUUGUUUUCCAUCUUCUGUGCCUCCCUCUGUUGCAGUGGUGUUGGCAAUGCCUGGUUCCUGGGAAAUUCACCAGGUCCCUUCCUUGGUCGUCAUUGGCAGCUCUCUGAACAGGCAUCACUGGGCUCUCACAUUCCAUGUAGAACUGGGCGUAGCUCUCUGGUGUUUCUUUCCUCCCCCAAGAGCACUACUGUCUCAGUAUCUGGAGCGGACUCCUCAGAAUCACCUCCUCCAAGAACCAUCCCUUAUGAUCCUGAUCUGCUCUACAUGGGCAUCAGUGAAGAAUUGGAUCUACUACCCAAAGGCACUAGUUUGCAAAAGGCAUUCUCCUUUACAAUUGACAAUGCUUGCCCCGACAACCGAACGGUGGAAAUUCUAAAACUUUCUCAACGACCACCACUCUUUUUGCUCAAGGGUGUCUUGACUCCCCAAGAAUGCCAAGUCUUCAUGGAUUUCGCCAAUAGUCAACCCCUACAAGUUGCCGAGACUCGGCAGGGUGGCACCGAUUCUCAGGAAUACAGAGUUGGGUCGCAAAUGACAUGGAUUCCCAAUAACACCAUGCAGGGAUUGCAAGACUUGGCACAACAAAUCCAUGCCACCUUUUUGCCCCAUGAACCUUGUUUUCAUCCCUCCCAAUCCGUUGAAGAUUUGCAAGUCGUUCAUUACGAUCCAGACGGUUGCUACAAUCUACAUCAUGAUGGAGCACUACGUAUCUUGACGGUGCUCUAUUAUCUCAAUGGUGUCAGUGACACCUGGUUCCCCUGUGCGGAUGCGCCUGUGGGACGCUUUGCGUCAAGACAAGGAGCGAUUGACUUUGCCAAUUCAUCGGCCCACCCCAGCAAUAUUCUCCGUGGGGGAGUCCUGGCCAGCCAAGUGCAACCAGGAGAUGCCAUUGCCUUUUACAAUUACUUUCAAGAUGCCGCCUUUGAAUGGAAUGCCAUUCAUGCUGGAUUGCCUGCAACGUCGGACAAGUGGAUUGCCACCCAUUGGUAUCAUCAUGUUCGACCCAGUCAAUGUAACGAAUAUAAGACGAGUUAGAUUACGAGUUAGAUUGUUUGUCAAUACAAGGUCGAUAAUGAUAAGGAACGGUGCCAUGAUAGAGCAUUUUCAUUAAAAAGCAAAAGGGAAACCACCACCUGGGAGUUGCCAACAGU